AGCCAUAUCUGCCGUUGCCACGUUUCCACUUUACCACCAACAACAACAGCAAAUACUCAUCUUAUCCGUCGCGCGACACCGCAAUCCGACCUCUACCUCCUCUACUUGUAUUACGAUAACCACUCAACAUGUCGGUCGAUAUUGAGCCCUUCGAGCUUUCCUUCAAGCGCCCCUUCACUACCGAGGUCUCCCAAAUCUUGACUCUCAAGAACCCAAAUCACACCCCCGUUGCCUUCAAGGUCAAGACUACCGCCCCCAAACAAUACUGUGUCCGACCGAAUGCAGGCCGCAUCGAGGCCGGUCAGAGCUUCGAUGUCUCUGUUUUGCUCCAGGCCAUGAAGGCUGACCCUGCUCCCGACGCCCGAUGCCGUGACAAGUUCCUGGUCCAGUCUACGGCCAUUACCGCCGAUAAGGAGUUCGCCAAUCACGCCUCCGUGCUCGAGACAACGGACAAGGCCUCGCUUGUAGAGCGCAAGAUUCGAGUUAACUGGUUGCCGGCUGGCUCCGCCGAGGCUCCUCACCGACCAAUUUCUACUCCCAACAAGCAAGGCAUUGCUAAUGGCGCCAACGAUACUCCCGACGUUUCUCGCACUUACUCUUCUCCUGGCGCCCGGGAUGACUCGCCUUCCUCCUCCGCACCACCUCCCUACCACUCUCCUCAAGAGCAGUAUGAGGAGCACAGGCCUAAAUCCAUGCAGUCCGACUUCGAAGUUAAGAGCGCUAUGUCCCAGGCCGCAACAUCUAUCAAGGAGACUGCCGAGCUGACCUACGAGGAGCUCAAGGCUAAGCUUGCCCAGGCUGAGCAGCAGCUCGUCGCUCUUAAGGAUAGCGGUCUCCGUCAGCGUAACGUCAAGUCCGAUUCCAACGACGAUGAGAAGCGGCCCGUGGCCCAAACUGCCCAAGCUAUUCAGCAAACCGUCGAGGGUGUGCCAGUCCAGAUGGCUGCCAUCCUCUGCUUGGUCAGCUUCCUGCUCGCUUAUUUCUUCUUCUAGACAUAAGAAGAAAGCAACCCAGGAUCUUUUAUCAAGAAACUAAUAGACAGGCCUGAUGACGCUUAUGAUAACUCCACUGGGAAGCAUGGAAUUCCCAGGUGCAUAUAUCUUUUCAAAGUACGACAGAGGCAAAGCCUGGAAAGCAUAUCAUAUGAUGGGCGGAGCGCGGCGGCGUUUACAGGCCGAUAUCUCACCGAAGCGACUGGAUCAUGGAGCGACUGGGAGCCUUCACCCCAAACACCAGCGAGAAAGACUAUUUCGUAAUGAGUUUGGCCGAGCAGCUGCAAUUGGGAGACGGGCGAUGUGACGGUGUUGGAAAAGCGAUGGGUAAAGGAGAAGGGGGCUUCCCACGCGGCGACUUUGACUGACUGUAUACUCUUAACUUGAGUCCUUCUCGACUCGUAUUUUCUUGUGUUUUGUUAUCCUGCUGUAUUGCGCUUACUGAGAACUUUGGCGUUCUAAUUUAUUAUGUCACUAC